GUCAUUUCUGUUUCUCUUUGUAUUACAUAUUACAUUCCUCAGUUGGAUGAAGUGGAUGAAAUUAAAGAAGCAGACGCAAAUAAAUUGAAACAAUCAAAAUCAGAUGAUAAAGAAUUAAAAUCAGAUGAUAAAAAAAAAUCAGAUGAUAAGAAAAAAUCAGAUGAUACAAAAAAAUCAGAUAAAAAAAAAUCAAAAUUAGAAAAUAGAAGCGCACAAUAUAAAGAUAUGCAUAUUUUAGUUAAUGAAAUGUUUAAAUCUACAUCUGGUUUUCUAAAGAAAUAUUACAGCUUUUAUAACGAGUAUGAAAAUGAAAAAAAUGAAUUCCUUUGUAUUACCGUUAUUAUGGUAACCACAAUACUAAUAGCAUGUGAGAUUACUAUAUUGCAAAGAAAACUGAUUACGGAAAAUUUUAAGGAUAAGGAGAAAUCGUCAAAAGAUAACGAUCAAAUCUUGAAUAGUUAUCAAAAGAACAUACGUUAUUUGUUAAUGACUAUAAAUUCUUAUAUGAACACUAUUACUGAUGAUACUGGUGGAAUUAUAAACUUCAGACCUGUUAAAAAUGGUAAAACAGUAUAUAUUCCUGACCCUGACGCUAUAGGCCAUAGUUAUAUGAGAAAGUCAUUAUAUGAAAUAGGAUUAAUUAGUGAUUUAGAUCAUAAAUAUAAAGAAGAUUAUUUGCUUACCAUGGAAAAAUUAAAUUCACCGUUUUUAAAUUUGCAAGAUAUUUUUAAUACUAUAACUCUUGAAAAAGAACUUGUUUCGGAUGAUUCAUAUAGCAUUGAUUUGAUUAGAUUGUACUAUAAACCGGAAAACAAAACCGAGCUAAUAGAUACAAAUCAGUCUGAGCUAUCUAUUGAAGAUAAUAAAUCAAAAACCCCUUCAACUGAAACACCAAAAACUUGUCUGAAUAAGUUAAUGUAUAACAUGGAUAUUAAAAUUACUGAGCAAUCUGUGGAAGCCAUUGAAAACAAUAAAGUAGAAGACAUUGAUCUAGACGAUUUAGAGAAAAAAAUGGGGUCAAUCCUACUAGGAAUUAUAGACAGGAUUACGGAAAUCAGGACUUAUGACGGAUUUAAAGAACAUGAAAAUUUACAAAAGUAUAUUGAUGAUUUAAGAAUUCAGGUGAUAGCUAUAAAAGAUGAUUCGAUUAUGGAAAAUCUUCUCUUAAUUGGUUUGAUAUCAUGGAAAAAGGAUAAAUGGGUGUAUAGGGCACAAUUAAAUAGAAUUGAAAUGAGCAACAAAGAAAGAGAGAUAAUUAAACGACUUCUUUUUGGGUUAUCAAUGGAUA